AUUGUCUCAAAAAUAAAAGGUGAGUCCGAUGUGGAUAAUAAUGAAGCAGAGCCACUUUUACACGGAUACCGUUUUCUUUGCGCAGCAGAGGAGGGAACCGUAUCUCCAAAGAGCUGGUGUUUAAUUGCUUCUAAAAACCCACCACCACGACCGAAGGAGGGGGGAGGAUUAUAGCAGCCUUUUUUUUCUCUUGUGGAGCCCGUGGUGAAUUUACCCUGUGGAUAAAGUGAAGUUUUCCAAAAGCCUGACGUCUGUCUGUAAUCUGCUCCGUAGCCCUGUGUGUGCAGGGCUGUGAGGCUUCGCACUGAGUGGAUAUCAAGCAAUUUCAACGCGCACGUUUCCUCCAGUGGUGAUGCUGAUCACGAUGAUGAGUCGCAGGACGGACACGGAGAGGAUACCCGGAGCUUAGGGAUGACAUCCACACCGUCUUAGCUAAAUGUGGAUACCGAUGCCGCGGGGAAGGAUGGGCCCUAUCCUCCCGCCCGCCCUGGUCCUCCUGCUGGCCCUGGGCACCGCGUCUCCGGCCUCUGUGGGGAACCCCGAGGAUUACGCCGCGGACGAGGCGGAGCGGACCACCGGCGACAACAUGGUCUUCGACGAUUACCGGGGGAAAGGAUGCGUGGACGACAGCGGCUUCGUCUACAAACUCGCGGAGCGCUUCUACCCGGGACACUCGAACUGUCCGUGCGUGUGCACGGAGGACGGGCCCGUGUGCGACCAGCCCGAGUGCCCCAAACUGCAUCCCAAGUGCACCAAAGUGGAGCACAAUGGCUGCUGCCCCGAGUGCAAGGAGGUUAAAAACUUUUGCGAGUACCGAGGGAAAACGUAUAAGAUCCUGGAGGAAUUCAAGGGUUCCCCAUCAGAUGAGGAAGGGACCAUCCCACCCAACACGGCAGCCAGUGUGCCUCUGGCCUCAGCGCAGCUGCAAUCAAGAACCAGGAGCUAUAGGCCGUCACCCUGCGAAUGGUGCCGCUGCGAACCAAAUAACGAGGUGCACUGCGUGGUGUCUGACUGCGCCGUCCCAGAGUGCGUCAACCCCGUGUACGAGCCGGAGCAAUGCUGCCCCAUCUGUAAAAACGGUCCAAAUUGCUUUGCCGGAACCACGAUCAUCCCAGCCGGAAUUGAGGUAAAGGUGGACGACUGCACCAUCUGUCGCUGCCACAACGGAGACUGGUGGAAGCCUGCACAGUGCUGGCGGCGGGAGUGCCUCAACGGCCAGUCGUUGUCAUAGAGAGACUCCGCCGGGAAUGGUGGAAAAGCUCAGGCAAGGCCCUGCCUACUACUGCACCAUUUUGUAUGAUUGACAGGGCAGGAGCACAAUUCCUACAUUACCUGAGACAGCAUAGUAUCGAGGAGAUGCACUCACAAAGCUUCACACAAACAACGAAUCUAGCCACCAAGAAGAAGACGGAACUUGUCUCCUGGCCGCUUCCACCCUCCAGUUUUAAUCGUCCGAUAUAUUUUCAAGAAGUUGACUCGCUUGACUUGCUGCUCUCACACACAAAACGUUUCUAAGCUCCUGGGACUCUUUCCUAACUGAUGGCAAUGUUGAAUUGCUCAUGUUGAUUUCAGUGUGUAUGUCAUCUGCUUGUCUGUCUGUCACAAUCACGCAGGUGCAAAUUGCAACAGCAGGAAAAACAAACCGUAAGCACACUUAACAGCGCUUUUUUUGGAGGGUUCAUACGAGGUUUGAAAGCACUGCAAAGGUGUGUUUGAGUUUCACAAUUUCACUCUAAGAGCUUGUUUACAAAAUGCACAUCACACAAACGUUUGUCUCCAUGUUGUUUUAUCACUAUGGCAGGAAAGUCACCUUUAAGACUUGGACGAUGCUACUCUCACUUUUAUAAACCACAUCACAACACAGUGACUUUAUUGAUCAUCGCACCACAGUUUUGAGUCCUGUCUCUAUUGUUGCAGCAGAGGCAGACACACAUUGAUAUUGUAUAGUCAGCUGAAGAACAGAAAAGACGGUAACCAGCAAGUAUGAAAAACAACUUCGGGCAGCCCCUUCCAGCUUAAUUGUCGUUAUUGUUUUCUCUCAGAGGUCCAUAUCCUCCAAAAUAUUCCCACUAACUAACUGCUUGAACUUGUUAUCAAAGCAAUUAGCCAGCAGAGAGCAGCCUGCUUUAAUUUCCCUUAAUCACGGAGUAUUCUGCGAUAAAUCAUCCAGCUGGGUGCUUUGGCGCUGCCGCAGCCUGCAUGCUGGGUAGCUCUCGACGCGAACCGGCAGACAAAAGGAGGGAAUCUGCAUUUGUCUAAAUGCUUUUAAGGAGCAUUUGCAUGCACAUUGUCCGUGUGAGCGUACACAAGCACCCCAUUCAUCCACAGUCUCACAGACACAGUGUGUUGAUCUUCACCCACUGAAGCACUAAAACCUAUAAGGCUUGUUAAGAUACAAAGCGGUUACAUUAACCCACUGCUAAAGAUUACCUAAUUAAUUUUUAGUUAUACCCCGAUACAGAAUAGAAAAGCUAAUCCACAGUGGCCAGGGCUAAGUUAAUAUAUUGUUUUAAUAUUUUACCCCAGAUCUCAGUGGCCCUCAAUGGUCCGGUCAAAAAGAAAAAAAAAAAUCACCCAACCAGCGUCCAAAACAUUUUGUUUUUGAGAUGAUAAAUACUAGUCAUUAAUUCAAAGGUGAAAUCCAGAAAGCUUGUUCCAUUCAUCACAAGAGUUUAUUCCAUUUCCAGAAAAUCCGUCCCUGUUAACCUUUUAGACCCUAUUUCUGGGCUGUGAUGGAUGGGCUGCUUAAUAGCAGCUCUCUGUACUGUGUAAUGAGACAGAAAUGAACGUAGGGAUAAAGGGCUGACGAGUAAAGAGUUAUAUUACCUUAAAAGGCACAAAAACUCAUUUUUGGAAGAAUCUCAAAGCCUGCAAAGUCAGCUGUGUUUUUUAACUGCAGUACAUGGGUGGUGGCGGAAUUAGAAGUGAAAGGAUGUGGGUGGAGUCCAGUCUUAGGUGUAACCGUGAAGCCGGAGUCAGUGUCAUCAUUAAGCUGCAGUGAUUUAGUGUCUUUCAGUGGGCAAAGACAGGCCUCAUCUAUCUGGCUUGAGGUCUGCAGCCGCAUAAAACAAAACUGACAUGUAUGGUUUAUCAAUCUCGGCCCCAAAACGCCAGACAUUUUCGGAUUAAUAAGAGGUGCUUCAUUUAUCUUAAUUACUUGAAAUGCCAAAUAAUUAUUCAGCCGUUACAUGGAUCCCCAAAAAAGUACUGGAAUAACUUAACUGAGUAGCAACAGUGGAAGACUGAAAUGAGUGUGUCAUUUGACAAGAUAGAGGCAUCUCUGUCACCAUCGAUGUCUUACUGCUGCCUUUGCUGAUGAACAGUAACAAAGCAUGGCCUUUGACUUCAUGCUGCAUGGACAGCCCUGACGUCUUUAAAUGCUACUUUGUUUGAAUCCUCUGUGAUGGUUUAGUUACGUUUUCACUAAAACUAGUCUUUAUUUGACCCUUGGACAUUCCAGUAACAGCCAGCAGUGUCAAUGAGCAGGAGUAUAAAGGACGAGGAAUGUUCAGCUAAAAAUACAGAUUCCAGUUCCCAUUGGCUUUAAAAAGACACAAUAUUAAGAUAGAAGUAAAUGUGAGAAACAGCAAAAAUAGCAGAUCUGGGUACCCGGGCAACUUGAUCCUUGUGACAUUGUGCUGUAAACUUGAUCUGAUACAGCUAUAGUGCUACACUACCAUGGCUGCUCAUCUCAAUUUUACAAGCCGCUUUUAUCAACUAGAUGUGAAAGUAGGAUUGCAAAAAGUGAGUCAAACCAUUCAGACCAUUCUCAACUGCUCGACACACAAGAGUUGUGAUUCAUGAUAGAUUAUAGUGGGAAGACAAAAUAAGGUGAAAUCAAGUCAGAGCAGGAGCUCCAGUCAAGAGACCAGUGGAAGAGUAUUUUCUUCACUCCAGCAAAUGGGAUGCAGGCAUGCAGCAGGACUAUACUAUUCACACUGCUCCGCACUAAAAAUUCAAUAGGUUUGAUCCUGUUGAAAUGAAAAUUAUGAUCAGUGUGGCUGUAGAUCAACAUACAGUAGAUGGCUAUUGUCUGUCGCUAGAGAGGAAGCUAUACUUUUAAAAAACACAUUGGGUGUUCAUGCGGCACACAUGCACUACAUGUAUUUCAGAGUGAGAGAGCCUCUCCUUGGACAAAGAAUGCAAAAUGACAUUUCUCCUUCAAAUAUGUGAAGCUGCACUGUUCCAAGGACAGAUGAGCAGUACACUCUGCCUUUGUUCAUUUUCUGCCAAGAAACUUAAGUAUUUGUUUGUCUGCGAAUGUCUUUGCAAAUGACCCCCACGUGUACUUGCAUCAUUUCCACAGCAGGCUUGUACAUGAAGAUGAACCAUUCACUCUUUUCAUGAGACACCGACUUACUGUAGCUGGAAACUAAUGAAAGAUUGUGUUUUUUUUCCCUCCUUUAAGUUUUUUCAGCAACAAAACUGUUACAUAAAAGUGUGCCUGAACAACACAGAGUUCUAUCUGGAAUAGGAAGAGAGAAACACUGUUAUUAUACAAUCAAUUGUGUUAUAUUGUGGGGCACCAAGGGUCUGUUCGUGUGGAACUUCUAUGUCUUACAAUAUCAUUUCUAUUACAGAUUUGAAAUUUAUGUUUGUAAAUCAAAAGCAUCUUUGAUUGUAUAUGAAUACAUGCUCACACAGGUUCACCCUGAACUGUACAAGAGACAAAAGGUCCAAAUUUGAAACGGUAAACAACCCCUGGUGCUCCCCAUGUUGUUCAUAUGUAAAUAUCUUCCAACGUAUAAUGUGUAUUCUGAAAUCUGAGGUGGAGUAAAAAAAAAAAAAAAAUACAAGAUAUAAGAAAUGUGUAUUAUUCAUUGAGACGAAAACUAUUUUGUUAAAUAGACCUAAAAGAAGUUGUGAUUCAGCGAAAGAGAGUGUUGUUUUUUUUAUUCAUUUUCCAUUGUUAAUGCUCACUCUGAUCAAAACCAUAGACUGUAUAGAAAGAGUAGCAUGACUGCUCCCAAAAGGUGAAGCUGAAGUGUCUUGAUUGCCUCCUGGUGGCUGGCUUCUAUACAGGUCAUUAUCCCGCCUCCAUGUUCGUGGAAGGGAAAGUACACGUCAAAUAAAUGUUUCUCAAAUAUUUAAUUAAUUUAUUAUUUGAUUCUAUAAAUAUGUUUGGGAGCCAAUACUGACUCAUGAUUGGUCAAGUGUGUGUAUAGGCGGGACCUCAAUACUGUGGCUUCACACCACGAUCGCUACUGCUCAGACUCUGGCUUCAAUUCUGGAUAGCUGGAGACACGUCCUCUAUCUUUAUAUACAGUCUAUGAUCAAGACACACAAGUAGAAAAUACUUAUUUCUUCACUUUGAAAAGCACCACAGCUACUGACACAUACAUGUAUGACGGGUGUGAGGUGGAAUUCAUUUGAUACUAAAGCAAAUCUCUUCUGCUAUGUUCUCCAUGUAAUAAAACCACACAAGUAAAUGCAAACUUAACAGCUGACCUGGGACACAACAAACCUUAAGUUCAUCUUUACUCGGAACAGAACAUUUCUGAAUAAGUAUAAAGGUACAACGUUUUCCUGGCUCACAGUUCUCAGAGAGAAAAUACCAGCGGUUAAUGUGGUUGUUGUAAAGCUCAGCGAGUUCAAGGGCAUUACUCACAAGUUCAUUCCUCCAUUCCAUUUCAUUACAAGUCAGUCCGAGCUUCUAUCUCGUCCAUGCUGCUAAUUGCCUUCUCCCACCUCCCACCGUGGAUAAGAAAAGGGAAGCAAUUUUAUGCAGCACAUUGCAAUCAAUAGCAAUUAGGUGCAUCCCUGACUCAU